CGCAACAAUGUAUCAAUUCCGCCCAUUCGUACGGACAGCGUGGUGCAGGAAGCCCCUGCUGCUCCCUGGUCGCCGUUUCAUCGCAUCGCAGCAGGCGCAGUCUAGCAAACCCACCAAUGAGUACCAGUCCCUAUCCGCAGAAUGGGAGGAUCAAGAGCAUACGCUGUCCAACUUCUCGGAGCUGCCGUUCAAAGACUUUGGGAAGAACCAGUUGAUCCAGACCAAUGAGGAGUUCAAGCGAUCAUUACGAGGCAUAUUGCGCCAGUUCCCACCUGUCACUUACGCUUUUGCCUAUGGCUCCGGCGUCUUCCCUCAGUCUUCUGCGACAGCAUCGCUCACAACCGAAUCACCGCAUCCGAACCCCCCCGAGGCGAUACUAAAAUGGCAGAAAGGCGGUGGAAAGAUGAUAGAUUUCAUUCUGACGCCGCGAUACUCUCAGCAUUUCCAUUCACUCAAUUUGCGCGAGCACCGGGACCACUACUCCUUCCUUGGAUCACUGGGCUCAGGGGUGGUCAGCCAUGUGCAAGACCGCUACGGUGCGGGCGUAUACUUCAAUCCAUACAUCACUGUCAACGGCACGAUGAUCAAGUACGGGGUUGUCAACUUCGAAACUCUCCUGCGCGAUCUCACAGACUGGGACACGCUGUACCUCGCCGGUCGCCUACACAAGCCCUGCAAGAUCCUCCACGAGGAGCCAAACAUCCGUCUCGCAAACCAGCGCAAUUUGUUGUCCGCUGUUCGAUGCGCUCUCCUCCUCCUUCCUCCGACCUUCACCGAGAAGGAGCUAUACUCCACAAUCACAGGAUUGAGCUAUCAGGGCGACCCACGCAUGCAGUAUGGCAGCGAAAAUCCCAAGAAGAUCGACAACAUCGUUACGCACCAAAUCCGAAAUUUCAGGUUGCUGUACCACGAUCUCAUUGUAUCGCUGCCGAAUAUUAUGUACGCCGACUUCCAGGCUGUUAGCAAGCCGGACUGGAUGGACGACACCAAGCUGGACCUGAAGCUCACACAGGACAUGAACCCCGAGCGACGCGCAAACAUGGUGCGAAGAUUGCCCAAGAAGUUCCGUGAGAAGAUCUACUUCCUAUACCGGGGCAAGUUUGGCAUCUCCGGAAGCGAAUACAAGCAGAUGUUGGAAGCUAGUAAGGAUGAAGAUGCGAAGGGCGGUGUCAAGAAGCAAGUAGGCAGUGACUUCGACAAGCGAAUUGCAGCCGAAAAGGAUCUGCCCUUGAUGGUCACAAAGGCAGUCAAUCAAACCGUCAAGUGGCCAUCCACCGUGCAAAGCAUGAAGGGUCCACUCACUGCAGGGCCACAGAGGGCUUGGAGGUACCUGCAAGAAAAGCGUGCGAAGGGCAGGAUGAAGUAAAAUGGCCAUGUCCAGGCAGCAGCAGCAAGAGUUGUAUCGCACCCAAAACAGCCUCUUCAGGCAACUUUCCCUUUUGUACCAUCACGAAAGCGCAAGCGAGCAAGCGAGCGUUAUUUAUAGACUUGUAUUUGCAUUGCAUGCAGCCGCCGUUAGCAGCAUGCGGGUCAGGCUUGAAAGAAG